GACGAGGAUGCAGGGGAGGCGGUGGUGGUGAACUUCGAUGACAAGGGCACUCCGGAGGAAAGCCCCGGUUCCACCGCCUCGGGCACAGAAGAGGAAAAGCAGGAGGAAAAAAGUGGGAGGAAAUGGUGGAGACCGACACAGAUCAAGGAGAAAAUCCUUUCCUUCGUCGUCGGCAUUGUGCACGGGGUGGCGGGUCCGGGGGGUAUCCUCGGUGUCCUCCCUGCCGUCCAACUCCGGGACUGGAGCAAAUCCUCUUUGUACUUGGCUACCUUUUGCAUCAUCUCUUCUGUGACAAUGGGGGUGUUCGCGGCCAUCUACGGCGGGAUCACGCACGGGCUGGGCAAGCGCAUGGGGGAACACGACAAAAAGAGCGGAAAACAGCGGGCGGAAAAAUUGGAGUUUGGCCUGAAGAUAUUCAGCGCCCUCCUCUCUUUUGUCGUGGGUGUACUCUGGAUCGUCUUGUCGGCGACGGGUAAGAUGGGGGAGGUCUUUCCCGAGUAG